CGGCGAGCGCGCGCGUCGGCAGUCCGCGCCCGACCGCCGCACCGAGCGCACGCGCGUAUCUCUCCUAACGUAAAAUAUAAACAGAGUGACACGCCGCGCCGAUACAGUGUCGUGUGCCCCGCGCCGUGAGUGUUCAGUGACGGCGACCCAGUGCUUUGAAGUGGAGGCUCGGGCCAACGGCGCCGCUGGGCCCGUCCUAGGCCCGGGCGGCGGAAUGGAAUCCCCGCAGAUGUACGAUCAGACCGGCGCGCCGCCGCCGCCACCUCAACCAGACCUGAAGAAGGCGGCGGAAGACAAACGAGCACCCUUUCCACCUCCUGAUUUGGACGAGCUCAAUGGACAGGAAAUCAGCUUGGAUCUGCAACACCUCAUCGAGGAUCAGUUUCGGGGCGAGGAGACAAUGGCGUUGUUCCAGGAAAUACUUCCUGGAGGUCGAUCUCCUCAACACCGACCUUUUGCUAGGACCACUUUGGCGUAUAUGCCUCAACCAGUACAUUCGGGAGCUUCGUAUGCAGCCCCUGUUCCAACCAAUUCCGGACAUGAGCAAGCACCACCUCCAAUAAAGGAGGAACCUCCAGAGCCUCAAGAUUUUAGGCGAGUAGUGACUUGCGCUCAGUACACGGGGCAAUAUAACCCUCAACCUCCUGUAGGAGUUAGUGGACCUUACGGAGGAGGCUUUACUCCUCUGCCUCCUUUGGGAGCACCACUGCUUCCUCCACUGUUAAAACAUAAACCCACUCCCUCGAGACGAUCAUCAGGCAAAAUGGUAGACAAAGGUACAGACGAGUACAGACGAAGACGUGAACGCAACAAUAUUGCUGUGAGAAAAUCGAGAGAAAAAGCUAAAGUGCGUUCGAGGGAAGUUGAAGAAAAGGUAAAAGCUCUGUUGAGGGAAAAAGAGGCAUUACUGAAGAGGCUGGAGGCGAUAUCGUCAGAACUGAGCUUGCACAAACAGAUGUACGUGCAUCUGAUUAACUUGAAUCACCCGGAGAUCACGGAGCUUUGCCGGUCCAUGCUGCAGCUAGGGGCUCCCCAUGCGCCGGACCACACACUUUGACUAUAAGGUAAGUGUGUGUGUCAUUACAAUUGAAGAUGGCGCCACGGGCCGUGUGAUAUGUGCAUUAAAACUACUAAGUGUCGCCUCAUACGUAAGAGUAGAUAGCGAAAUUACUUUGUGAUUUUACAUUUUACUUUUAUAUUAUAAAAAAAUUUACACAGAUAGUUUAGUUUAUAAGCGCUCGACGUGUAGAAAUAUAGGUGAAUUUUUAUUACAUAGUUUUUUUGUCACAUCUACUUAACAAGUCUAAACACGUUGCAAUUCGUCAAUUAAUAUAAAUACAUAGAUUUUGAAACUUUUUAUGACAAAAAAAGAAGUCAUACCGUGGUAAAAAUCCGAUAAAUAGUGAAUCCAAUUCUAAUUUCAACCAAUUUAAAUAUUUUUAAAACAAACAUGCAACGAUAGGGUUGACAAAAAUUGUAACAAAAGUUACUUCUAUUUCUGCACAUCGUUGAUAACCCUAGAACCAGCAAGUCCCGGCUAGGAAGUGAUCUCAAAAGCAGUAGCUUGGGCUUGCCGCUCUCACGAACACUGCCAUUUGUCUCGAAAAUGUGGUGUUUACUACAAAAAUCGCUUUCUGCAUAUAUAGUAACGUGCUACACAACUGUCAAAAAUUGACACGUCAAAAUUUGUAUAUAAAAAUCACGGAAAUGCAAUUUGACAAGUCACCGCUCUCGUUACUAAAUAUCAAAUCUGCCAAAUGAGAAGGAUGUACGUAUUUGUAUUUAAUUUUUUUAGCAUCAGACAGAAAGAAAUUUUGUGUCUUUUAUCGGGUACUAUGUCAUCCAAUCGUUUUGUAGGCAAAGCAAUUUAAUAAACACUGUGAAACAAAAAUCUGAAACAUGCUU